AUGGCCUCUACCGCAGGAAAGACAAUCACUUGCAAGGCUGCCGUCGCCUGGGAGGCCGGCAAGGAGCUGAGCAUCGAGGAUGUCGAGGUUGCCCCUCCCAAGGCGCACGAGGUCCGCAUUGAGAUCUACUACACAGGCGUGUGCCAUACGGACGCGUACACGCUCUCCGGCAAGGACCCCGAGGGCGCGUUCCCCAUCAUCCUGGGGCACGAGGGCGCCGGCAUCGUCGAGUCGGUGGGUGAGGGCGUCACCAACGUGAAGCCCGGUGACCACGUUGUCGCUCUCUACACCCCCGAGUGCAAGGAGUGCAAGUUCUGCAAGUCGGGCAAGACGAACCUCUGCGGCAAGAUCCGUGCAACGCAGGGCAAGGGCGUCAUGCCCGACGGCACCUCGCGCUUCAAGUGCAAGGGCAAGGACAUCCUCCACUUCAUGGGCACGUCGACCUUUUCUCAGUACACCGUCGUCGCCGACAUCUCUAUCGUCGCCGUCCAGCCCGAUGCCCCCAUGGACCGCACCUGCCUGCUCGGCUGCGGCAUCACCACGGGCUACGGUGCUGCCCGCGUGACGGCCAAGGUCGAGGAGGGCUCCAACAUUGCCGUCUUUGGUGCCGGUUGCGUGGGCCUGUCCGUGGUCCAGGGCGCCGUCAUCAACAAGGCCGGCAAGAUCAUCGUCGUUGACGUCAACCCGGCCAAGGAAGAGUGGGCCAAGAAGUUUGGCGCGACCGACUUUGUGAACCCCAACGACCUCAGGGGCCAGACCAUCGCCGAGAAGCUCAUCGAGAUGACCGACGGCGGCUGCGACUACACCUUUGACUGCACUGGCAACGUCAACGUGAUGCGCGCUGCCCUCGAGGCCUGCCACAAGGGCUGGGGCGAGAGCAUCAUCAUCGGUGUCGCCGCCGCCGGCCAGGAGAUUGCCACCAGACCUUUCCAACUCGUCACCGGCCGCGUGUGGAAGGGCUGCGCCUUUGGAGGCAUCAAGGGCCGCUCCCAGAUGGAGAGUCUCGUCUCCGACUAUCUCAGCGGCGCGCUCAAGGUGGACGAGUUCAUCACUCACCGCAAGACGCUCGGCGAGAUGAACGCGGCGUUUGAGACAAUGAAGAGCGGCGACUGCAUCCGCGCCGUCGUGGACAUGCGGAAAUUGUAG